AUGUCCAAAAUCGAGAAGCUCUCCAUCCUCGGGGUGCGGUCUUUCGACCAUCGAAAGGCCAUGUCCAUCGAGUUUCAUGCGCCACUCACUCUGAUCGUUGGUAUGAAUGGAUCUGGCAAAACAACCAUCAUCGAGUGUCUGAAGUAUGCGACAACGGGCAUCAUGCCACCCGGCUCCAAGGGCGCAGCUUUCAUUCAUGACCCUGCCAUGGCCGGCGAGAAGGAAGUCAUGGCUCAGAUCAAAAUCUCAUUCACUUCCACGGAAAACAUGAAGAUGGUCUGCACGCGCAACCUCCAACUCACAGUCACCAAGACCAAGCCAGCCGGCACUUUCAAGACACUCGAUGCAACCAUCGUCAUGCGCAAAGCUGGAGAGCGCAACGUCAUCAGCUCCCGUGUCGCCGAAAUCGACACCAUGAUGCCCAGAUUCCUUGGCGUCUCCCGCGCAGUACUGGAGAGCGUCAUAUUUUGCCACCAAGAAGAGUCGUUGUGGCCCAUGUCCAGUCCCAAGGACCUCAAAGAGAAAUUCGACCAGAUCUUCGAAGCGCUCAAAUACACCAAAGCCAUCGACAACAUCAAGAUCCUGCAGAAGAACAAGAAGAUCGAACUCGUACAGCUCAAGGCGAACGAGGAGAUUGCGAAAGCCAAUAAUGACAAGGCGAUCAAGCUGCAGAAGAAGCUGCAGACUUUGACCGAUCAGUCGGAUGCUAUGCGCGAUCAGGUCAAGGAGUAUGGAGUACAGCAGCGAGAAGCUCAAAGUCGGGCCUCGGAAUACUUCAAGAAGGCUGGAGAGAACGAGCUGAUUGUGGGAAAACUUCAAGGCAGGCGCAUCGAGAAGCAGACCAAGGAGGAGAGCGUUCGCAGCCUGCGCGAGAAUAUCGUCGAGAUGACCGACAGCGACCAGCAAUUGGAGACCAUGCUGCAGCAGUAUGAUGAACGUGUCGAGGCAUACCAAGACGAUUUGUCCGCGAAGAAGGGUCAAUAUCAAGCACUCGAAGGUAACAUCCAAAGCGCGCGCAAUCGCCGCAUCGCCAAGGAGCGCGAAUGCGGGUCCUUUGAGGCCCAGAAAGAGAGCUACGAUCGACAAGUGGAGGGACGAAAGCGAAUGAUCAAGGAGACUGCUCGAAGCCACGAUAUUCGCGGAUACGAUCUUGAGAUUAAUGAUGUCCAAGCAAAGGCCUUCAUGGAUCGCAUUACGAAGAUGGCGCGCGAGCAGCAGGAGGAAUUUGAACAAGCACGACUCGAAUUGCAAGACUUGCUUCAGCAGCAACAAAAAGAGCUCAACCGCAUCAACGAGCGGAAAUCGGCUCUCGGUCAGUCAAAGGCUACUGCUCGUCAAACCAUCACAGGUUACGAACGCAAGAUCAGUUCUAUCCAAUCUCAGCGGAAUCAAAUCGAUGUGGACGAAGGUGCUCGGGCGGCGUUGGAGUCUCGCCUGCAGGAGAAGAAGGGUCAGCUUGCAAAGCUUCAGGAGGCUCUUGCGUCCGCUGCUUGGGACACCAAAAUUGAUGGUGACAACUCUGAGCUGAGGAGGCUGGAAGAUGUCAGGGAGAAGCUUGAUGCUGAGUCUGCAGAUGCGAGCCGCCGUGGUGGCGAGACUGCGCAACUCGAUCUCUUGAAGAAAGGGAUACAAGAGGACCAACGCAGCCUCGACACCAUGACCUCUUCGCAUGGAGACAAGCUCACGACUGUGCUCGGCAAGGCUUGGUCACCGACCACAAUCGAACGAGACUUCGAGCGCGCCUUGAAGGCAGCUGAUGCUGAAUUGGAGGAAGCCAAGAAGCAGAGAGACGGCACCAACAGCGAAUUGGGGUUCCUCAACUCCAAGCUCAUGGAGCGACAAGCAGAAUUGGCGAACGCGAAGGAAGACCUCAAAUUCGCAGAAAAGAUCGUCAAAGAGGCCUGUGGGGAACGACCACAGGAGUAUCUGGCGGUGAUGAAGCGGUUGGAGGGCGAACGCGACGUGGCCAAAUCUGCCACGGAGAAUUUCGGUCAGAUCGUCGAGUAUCUUCAGAGCUGCAUUGACGAAGGAGAAAGGGUCAAUGCAUGCAAGACGUGCUGCCGAGGCUUCAAGAAUCGCGCCGAGCUGAGCAGGAUGAUCGAGCAGGUGCAGAGGCAGCAGCAGCAACAGAACGGAGAGGACACAAAAGACGAGUUGCAAGACGCCGAGGAAGCAUUGGACCUGGCCAAGGGAGCCAAUUCUCAAUACGAGGAGUGGGAGAGAUUGAGCACGAAGGAGAUCCCAACAAAGAAGGCCGAUCUCGCGAAGCUUGAGCAGGAGCGUGAGAAGCUUGUGUCUCAACUCGAAGGUCUGGACACCAUCUUUGCAGAGAAGAGCUCGAACAAGAGCAGCGUGACGAAUGUGGAGCGCACUGUGAGGAACAUUCAGAAAUACGUUUCUGGCAUUGCGGAGAAGCAAUCUGCGGUUGAUGGUCUGGAAUCGAAGCUGCAGAGUGUUGGCGCAUCUCGAGGCAUUGAGGCUGUUCAAACUGAUGUCAAGAAGAACAGCGAAGACCAAAAGUCCGUUCGCGCACGCAUCGCCGACGCCACCCGGCAACAAAGCAAGGCGACGGCAAACGUGAAUGCGCUCCAGCUGGAGAUCAGCAACACUCAAGGCAGCCUCAGUAAGGCAGACUACGAGCUCAGAGAGAAGAAGCGACUCGAUGCGCAGGAAGAGGAGUACAACAAACUCACGGCUGACCAGCGCGACAGCAUCAAGAAGUGCGACGAUGAACUGCAAGGCCUGUCAGCAAAGCUUUCCACCGCCCAAGCCAAAUACGAUGAGAUCUCUAGCAGUGGAGCCGAUAAGGACCGCGAGCUGCAGGCCAAGUCGAGCAAGAUGGGCGCGAGCCUCAACAAGUUGAAGAUGGCCGAGUCGGAGAUCAAAGCAUACCAUGAUCGUGGCGGUGAUGAGCAGCUUCGCCAAGGCAAGCGCGCUGUCGAAGACCUCAAAGCCGAGGAAGCACGCCACGAGGCGGAAAAGACCGAAGUCAUUCGCAAUAUCAAAAAGGCCGAGGAACUGCUUCACAAUCACGCCGACACGCGUCGCAGCAUCUCCGACAACCAGCGCUAUCGCCGCGACCUCCGCCAGCUUAAGAAAGUGGUGGAAGAGAUUGCGGAACUGGAAGAGCACAACGCAGAGAAGGAUCAAGAAGAGAACAACAGACAAGCGCAGCGAUGGUCGAUGCGCAUGAAUGAGAUCUCCGCCAAACAGUCCAGCGUCAUCGGCCAGCUCAAGUCCCUCAGCGACCAGAUUGAAGCCGACAUUGAAGAAUACAACGUCGACUACAAAGACGCCGCGGGUUCUCUAAAGAAAGCCCACGUCUACGUGGAGACGACCAAGGCCGCCAUCGAAGAUCUCGGCCGCUACGGCUCCGCACUCGACAAGGCCAUCAUGAAAUACCACUCCCUGAAAAUGGAGGAGAUCAACCGCAUCAUCGCGGAACUCUGGCAAAAGACCUACCAGGGCACCGACAUCGACACGAUCCUCAUCCGCUCCGAGCACGAGACCGUCAAGGCCAACAAGACCUACAACUACCGCGUGUGCAUGGUCAAGCAAGACGCCGAACUCGACAUGCGCGGCCGCUGCUCCGCGGGCCAGAAAGUCCUCGCGUCCAUCAUCAUCCGCAUGGCGUUGGCGGAGUGCUUCGGCGUCAACUGCGGCUUGAUCGCGCUCGACGAGCCGACGACGAAUUUGGAUUCUGCGAAUAUCCGCGCUCUGGCGACGAGUUUGAGUGAGAUUAUCAAGAUGCGGAGACAGCAGAGCAAUUUCCAAUUGAUCAUCAUCACGCACGACGAGGAGUUUUUGACGCAGAUGGGCAGCUCGGAUUAUACCGAUGACUACUUCCGUGUUUUCAGGGACGAGCAUCAGUUGAGUCGGAUUGAGAAGCAGAGCAUUUCGGAGGUGUUGUAG